CCUCGCCCUAGACAGGAGGAUCCCAUGCUCCACGCGGCGCGUGAGCUUCAAUGUAUCACCGCAUCUUCCAACCCAGAAGGCAUGCCUUCUCCUUCCUUCAUACCCUACUCAGACCCCAACCCAGAAACCCUAAGCAGUUCUCUCCCUUCUCAUCUUUUCACUCUUCCAGAAAUACCCUCGCCUCCGGUUCACAUCUCGACCUUGCCCUUAAGGAGUUCGAACAGCUCCAGUCUCUAAGACUCGUCGAAGAAUCAGAGGAAGAAUCUCAAAGCCAGAGCAGAUCUCCACAGUCGAUCUGUUCAUCAGACGGGUCAAAGAUCGAGAUCUCGCAUCCAUGGCCAGAAUGGGUGGAGCUGAUGGAACGCCUUUUGAAGAACGGGUACUUCGCCGGCAGCGGCGUAAUCAGCGGAUUGGGUUCGAAGGAUUCGAAUCGAAUCCGAACGGCGUGCUUGAACUUCUCCCGCGAUCGAUCCGAUCUAGUCAGAUACUUCUCAAGGAAAGACAUCCAAGUGAUUGUGGGAUCUGGCUGCCCUAGCCUAGACAGGAAAGUUGUGAAUUCAGGGAAGCGUUUGAGGGCUCAUGUGGGCAUUGAUGAAGGAAAUGUUUGCAGCUCCUGCAAUUUAAGGGGAAACUGUGAGAGGGCAUAUGUGAAGGCCCGUGAGGAUGAAGGGGGACGGACUGUUGAUGUAAUGCGCAUUUUACUUACAUACGGGCUUGAUCCCAUCACUGGCUUGGUGGAGAACAAGCAGUGCUUAAACAAAACAGUUAAAGAAUCUGUUAGGAGGCUGCUUAGCGAAAUGGUGGAGUUAAGUGUCAGGGAACUCAAUUUGGGUCCUCAGAAGGCAAUGACCAAAAAGCUUCCAUUUAAGGCAGGGCAAUCAAGUCAGCAAGGAAUGUUGAAACGCCAAAUCGACAUUCCCAUGAAGCAAGGCGAUUGGAUAUGUCCAAAGUGCAACUUCAUCAAUUUUGCCAGAAACAUCAAAUGCUUGCGCUGUGAUGGGGUGUCCCAAGAAAGACUUAGAAAACUUGGGGAGGAUCAGGAUCAUCUUCCUAUGAAGAAAGGAGACUGGUUAUGUGACAAGUGCAAUUUCUUGAACUUUGCCAAGAACACGAGAUGUUUGCAAUGUAAGGAGAAGCCUCCAAAGCGGCAGCUCAAUCCAGGGGAGUGGGAAUGUGACUCGUGCAAUUACAUCAAUUUCAGAAGAAAUAUGGUGUGCUUGAAAUGCGAUUGGAAACGACCGAAAUCAUUAAACUGCACAGACACUGCUGCUCGAUUAAAACAUGAUGAUCAAGACAGUCGACCGGACUCUAGAAUGAUAUUUGUAAGAACUGACGACAAAUCACACAAUCGACGUUUCCUAAGACCAGAGAGUCAGAAUCGAGAUGAAGACUCGGAUUUUUGGAGCUGUGGGGAGGAUGGGACGGAUGACAACGACACGGGCCAGCAUGGUAAUUUUUUGGAGUUCGAAGAUUUUCCAAUAGCAGGUGGUAAGAGUGUUGUUUCGCAGGACCCACAUGAGAGGGAAAAAUGGAAGGGGGAGAUGUCAACGAGAUGCAAAGGUGUUUCAAGGGUGAGAGAAAGAGAGGGUGAUGAUUUGGGUCCCACCACCUUCCGAAGGCGGUUUGAUUUUGAUGAGUGUAGUAAUGGGGAUGAGAUGGAUGGGUGGUUUGGAUAUGAAAAAAAAAAUCGAUAAUGGAGAAUUACAAUAAAUUCCUGUUAUUAUAGAAAAGAGGAUUGGUCACCUGCAACCCAGCUCAAAUGCCUACAUGUCAUGUGUAUGAACAUCUGGCCUGUGUGGGUGGAUACUACACAUGAAGAUCAUGUGGAGCAAAAAUCAGGUUGAUCUACUCAUCAGGCAGGCCAUCCUCUAGGAAAACAGUGGAAAGUUUAAAUUGUCCUGGCGAUGAUCUGAUUCAAUAUACCUGAAUGAUGAUUUGACAAUGCU